AUGGGACAGCCCCAGCUGGGACAUUAUGCAACCUUGGUAAAUCACCGCAUGGACGCAGCAGACAGGGCGCUCCCGCUACGACGAAUCCUCCUUCGACGCUGGAACAUUCGACCUGUGCGUGAUCUCCCAAGGUCGCAUGUUCCAGCUGGGGAGCCUCAAAAAUUGAACGAGCCCAGCUGGAACAUUCAACCUGUGCGUGAUCUCCCAAGGUCGCAUGUUCCAGCUGGGGAGCCUCAAAAAUUGAACGAGCCCAGCUGGAACAUUCAACCUGUGCGUGAUCUCCCAAGGUCGCAUGUUCCCAGCUGGGGAGCCUCAAAAAUUGAACGAGCCCAGCUGGAACAUGUGGGCUCACCCUCAAAAUUUGGAAGCCUCGACCUUGGGACAUCAGGCAAGAGGCGACGCGAGCUGGGACAUCGGUGGCGGGAAGGUCGCACAGGCCUUAUGUCCCAGCUGAGCGAGCUUGAAUCUACAGGUACCUCCGCUGGGAUAUGA